AUGGCUGCUUCCACAUCGCUUGCGUUCAGGUCCGUUCGCAAGCAGUCCAUAUCGUCUGGCUCAUCACCGGCGUUUGACCCCACAACGCUCUCUGCGGCCACCAUGCCCCUCUCGCCUUCUCCUUUGCCAGGCAUGAAUUCGUCUACCACCGCGUCCAUGGCCAGCAGCUCGGCAGAUGGUGGCAUUGGUUCGUCCCUCAUCGGCCCUGGUGGAGCUCCGCUCAUGGCUGGCGCGCCCCUCGCAGCCAAUACCAUCGCCAACAAGCAGGCCGUCGCCGGCUCAUCACUAUACCAGGCCUGUCUCAAUCUGCGCGAUCGUCUCUAUUCCGUACCAGGCUUUGGCGAAGCGUACCUCGAUGAAUUAUCCGUCACUUCGGCCGUUUCUUCCAGCUCCAAUCCAGACCCGCUCUCUCCCACUGCUCGCAGCCCCACAUCGCCAACAGAUGCACCAGCGCCAAAGUCGAGCAGCGACCCUGUGACACAACUAUGGCAGUGUUUCCGUCUUGGCUCGCCCCUUUGCGCCCUUUUCAACACAAUGAGCCCAGACGUCGAGUUGCCAGUCAAUCCAGAUGCGAACCGUUCCAACGCCAACGCGUGCAAGGCGCAGGUGAUGAAGUUUAUCAUUGCACUCAAAGAGAAACUUGGAUGGGAUCCCGAUGACAUCUUCACCGUCUCACAGCUCUACCUCAAUGACACCAACGGCUUUGUCAAGGUGGUGCGCACCAUCAACCGUUUGUUGGAUGUCUUUGAAGAGCGCGGUCUGCUCAUCGAGACGAAUCGCAAGAGCGACAACGACGACCUCGACCACCCUUCUGACGACCGUGCAAAGGUCAUUCGAGAGCUUCUCACCACGGAGCGCAAAUACGUUCAAGACCUCGAGGUCAUGCAGAACUAUGCACGAGCACUCGCUCAAUACGACAUCUUGCCUCCCGACACGCUCCACAACCUCUUUGGCAACCUCAACAAACUCGUCGAUGUGCAAAGACGCUUUCUCAUCUGUGUCGAAGAAAACGUUCGCCGCACACCGGAUGAACAGCACUUUGGUCACGUUUUCAUGACCAUGGAGGAAGACUUUUCCGUCUAUGAGCCUUUUUGCGCCAACUACAAUCUGGCGUUGGAUCUCAUCAACCAGGAAGCGCACAAUCUGAUCCGCCUAAAAGGCAUGCCUUCCGCCGAAGGAUGCUACCUCGACCCUGCCUACGAGCUGCCCACCUUCAUGAUCAAGCCCGUGCAGCGCAUCUGCAAGUACCCUUUGCUGCUCGAGCAGCUAUUGAAAAAGACGUCCGACGAUGCACCUCGUUAUCAGGAGCUUCAAAACGGCCUCGAGGUCAUGCGCAGGAUCACCGACAAAGUCAACGAGACAAGCCGUCUUCAGGGCAAUGCGCAGCUCGUCAAGGAGCUCGAAUUUCGUGUCGAGGACUGGAAGGGCCACAACAUCAAGACGUUUGGUCUGUUGCUACUGUCGGACGUCUUUAUGGUGGCAAAGAGCGACACAGAGAGAGAGUACCACGUUUACCUUUUUGAAAAGAUUUUGCUCUGCUGCAAGGAGCUCGCACCUGCUGCUCAGAAAAAGUCAAACAAGAACAACUCGCUCUUGAAGCAGAAGAACGGGCUCGGAGCCGCCACAGCAGGUGGCAAAAAACCCAAAACGACGCUGCAGCUCAAGGGCCGCAUCUUCAUCAACAAUGUAACCGGCGCUUUUGCCAACUCCAAGAUGAGUAGUAUCCUGGGUGCACCCAGCGGGCAGCACGCGCUUCAGGUUUGGUGGAGAGGCGAUGUCGACCACGAAUCAUUUGCACUCAAGUGCAAAAACGAAGAGCAGCUCAAGCAGUGGCAGACGGCCAUUAACAAGCUCAUCGACGAAGUCAACAUGCGACGACAGCAGGCAGCGGCACAGCACUACUCCCAGCAGCAACAAAACAUGAAUAUGGCUGGUGCAGGCGCAAUGGGACGACGCAUCACGCAGACCAGUUCGCAUUUCCCACAGACGCCACUGGCCGAGAUAGCACCCGUCAACCCCUUCACGACUGCUGUCCUGCCACACUCGGCUCUUUCGCGCACGCAGAGUCAGGCGAGCUCGUACCGCUACGACGACGACGUCGAGUCUGAAGGUCACAGCUACUACGAGCCUACAUCGGGGCGAGUCACACCCGCCGCACAGGGUCGUAUGACCUCCGAGGGACGCGAACGAGGCAACUCGUUGGCCAGCAACGGCCACAUGAUGAGCAGCAGCAAUGACUUGAAGCCACGAGCACGCACAGAAGACCAAGAUUCCGUCGUCAUGGCUCAGUGGCGUUCGCACUCACCGGCCGUACCACCGCCCAUGCCUCGCGGCUUGAGCUAUUCUUCCGGCGCGGAUCAGCAUCAGCACGCAUUGCGCAAGGCGAGCUCGUCGCGUCAGCUUCGGCAAGCACCCAACGGUGUUGCACCUGGCGUAUACAAUCGGGCGGUGCGUGCACUCGAUGGUGGAGCAGUCGAGUACCUCGACGGAUCGUUUGAUUCCGCGUCAAGCGAUUUCCGAUCCGCAGCAGGACGACCUCGCGGCGAUUCGGUGGCAUCUAGCAUGUCGCGUACCACCUCGGAUUCCGGAGCAGCGCACAGCCGAUCACGAUCGGCGUCGAAUCCGCAGCAGAUGUACGCUCUGCCACCACACAUGCAGGGACCGGCACCACCUAUGCCCAAAGCAGCGUACGAGUUGAAGAACCACUCUCCGACCACGGCUGUUGCUGGCGCUGCAUCCGCAUCAGCCUCGAGUGCAGGUACAGGUACAGGUACAGGUACAGGUGCUGGCGUAGGUGCAGGCACAGGGGCGAGUGCAAGUGCAGGUGCAGAUGUAGGAGUCGACAAACGCUUCUCGAGCUCUUCCGUGGCAACCUCGGAAUCGGCCACAUCAGCGCAAUCGCGUCCUCAGUCCACAGCAGCCUCUUCACCCGUCAACGUCAACCUACCACCUACGCACGCCAGCCAGCGUCCCGCCUACCGUCCACCGUUCUCGCACGCGCAUGCAGCACAACCCGCGACGCCCACCUCGGCUUCCACCCCGUCCUCGGCCAUCAAACUCAACAUCAGCUUUGCCGAAGACCGCUACGUCGUCGUCGUCCUCUCCUCCACCCCCUUCUCCACCCUCCUGGAAAAAGUCACCAAGAAAAUCCGCCUCUGCUCUGGCAAAAACCUAGAACACACCCUCCGAAUGAGGUACAUCGACGAAGACGGCGACGCUGUCCUCAUCAGCGACGACGACGACGUCCAAAUGGCGUUCGACAGCGCAAGAGCAAGCCCCGCCGGCGAAGUCGAGUUGGUCGUCAACUAG